GAAUUUCCUUUCCGGCCAAAAGAUUCCUUGCGUAACACCGAUGCAAAAUCUCAUUUAAGCCCUCACAUCAUAAACCGUAGAAAGAAAAACCCCUCAAAAUUUCUCAGCCAGCCACCUCUCAGAAAUCACGCACGCCGAGCUGAAAAAUGGCAUGCUUGCACGAUCACAACUGCGAAGAGCACGAUUGCUCCUCGGACUGGUCUCUCUACAAGCACAUAGAUCUCUCCAAGGUAUCUGCACUGAAUGAAGCUGUUUCUGGAAGUGUGAAGUCAGUAUUCAGAGCUUGGGAGCAGCGUCUUAACUCCUCAGAGGGUUACUUGGAAAGCAAUGAAGGCGAUCCUGAAUUGAUUGUCUUUAUUCCAUUUACAUCAGAUGUUAAGCUCAAGAGCAUUUCAAUUGUUGGCGGUGUGGAUGGAACAAGUCCUGCAAAGAUGAGAGCGUUUAUCAAUCGUGAUGGUAUUGAUUUUUCGGAUGCCCAGAACAUGCAACCUGUUCAGGAGUGGGACUUGGUGGAAAAUUUACAAGGAGUUUUGGAAUACCAGACAAGAUAUUCAAGAUUUCAAAGUGUGGGGAACAUCACUUUGCAUUUUCCAGAUAAUUUCGGUGGUGACACAACUCAAAUACAUUACAUUGGGUUGAAAGGAGAAGCAACACAGCUGAAGAGGGAUGUUGUUGCGACAAUAGUCUAUGAACUCAUGCCAAAUCCUUCAGAUCACAAAACACGUGCCGAGACUGGUGGCGGCCUCUCUCAGGUGGAAUGAGGUUCUAAAUCUAUCUACAGCCAGAGCUCCUUUAAUCAAUGGCUUCUGAUCUAAAUCUCAUCAUGAGAUACAUAUAGCUCAACAGAAAUGUAAAAUGGACAUUCUGUUUUCACCAAAGAUUCAGAAACUUUCAUCCUCUCUACCAUUUUAAGUGUUGUACCUUGUUUACACCAUCAACUUCUUAAAUGGUUGAGAGGAUCUUAAGAACUUUCAGCCAAUUUCAGUCCUCAAGUCAAGAUCCCAACUUUGGUAUGUAAAGUGGCUUAAAUUGUGAACUCUGCUUGCUGUCU